AUGUAUUUUUUUUGUUACUGGUUUGUUUAUGACGCGGUUCACUGGCCCCGUUAGCUUGACGGCUGAUCAAGUGUAUGCGGUUGAAAAGACGCGUUUUUUGGUGUCUGCUUUCAUAGAAGAUACUGUGCUGGGAACGACACAGAUUACUAAGAGGACAGAAAGCUAGUUAGCAUUAGGCGUUGGUCAGUCGUACGGCCAGAUUACAUUUGUUACCCUAGCAUUUGGCUAGCAACGUUAUACUGUACCAUGGCGUGACGUUGGACAGGAAAGUGGUUGGCGACCAAAAAUAUAACAUAAAUAUAGAGAAGAAAGUAUAUAGAGAGAGAAGCGCAUGUGUGUAACACUUCCGUUCGCAGGUUAGGCUUUUAGACAGCUGCCUGGCGACUUACUUUGACAAGCUAGUGAGCUAAAUUGAUGUUAGCAUGGCGUCAGAUACAAGUGACACCGAGGAAUUCUAUGAUGCUCCCGAGGACGUAAAUUUCACUCCAUCUCCCAAAGUGUCACCUGCAAAGUUUGUCAUUCCUUCGCCUCAGCUUUCACAGACAUCUGGAAACGCUGCACAAGAUGUGAGCUGUGGAGGUGCUGCUUCUGAGACUCAGCAAGAUGAUUCCCUACUGAUCAUUGAUAGCAUCAUUGAGGAGAGUCAAAAGGGAAGUGCCAGCGAUGUGGCUGAGGUGGAUCAGCUGUUAGAUCAGCUCCAUGUUGAUGUAAGAGCAGAGCCAGAGCCAAAGGAAGAGAAUAAUGCUCAGGAAGUUCCUGUGGAGCUCGCGGCACCAGCUGUGGAACCUCUGCCUGUCGAGAGACCGGACGAGCAACAGGAAAGUGCAGCCACAAACGGAGCUUGCUCUAUACCUGCCCCUGAACCUGCAGAUUUCCCAGGGCCGUCCGCUGGGUCCCAAGAAGGCGUUCAGCCCCCGGACAUCACCAGCACUGUAAGACUGAGUCAGCCUGAUGGGGCGGUUGGGGGUGCAGAAGGGGAGCAGGAGCAGAGACCUGCAGAUAUCUUAGACCAGGUCCCACUGACAGACAGGCCCGCUGACUUGGACUCUGGGCCUACAAAACCCCCACGGCAAUUCACAGUUGAACCGGACAUUGUAGCCAGCACCAAGAAGCCUCCUCCCUUACGCCCACCACCUCCCGCCGGAGGUCCUCCACCGAGACCGCCUCCUCCGUCUUGGCAGACUCUACCGUCCAAGAAGUCUCAGGAGUGUCUGAGACCAAGUGGACUGGAAGUUUCUGCAGUCAGCGUGGAGGCUCUGGAGCCCUCUGGCCUGGUGUCUCCCAGCAGCACAGUGAGGUGUCUAACCAAAGAGCUGCAGCAUUCCUUGGAUCUGGCCAGUGCCACCAGUGGGGAUAAAGUGGUGACAGCACAGGAAAAUGAGGAUGAACAGGCCUCGUCUCAGAGCGGAGGACAAACUCCAGGCCCUCAGCGUCCACGUUCCAACUCUGGUAGAGAACUGACAGACGAAGAAAUCCUGGCCAGUGUGAUGAUCAAAAAUUUGGACACUGGGGAAGAGAUCCCUUUAAUCCAGGCAGAGGAGAAACUUCCUGCAGGGAUUAACCCCCUCACUCUGCACAUCAUGAGGAGGACAAAGGAGUAUAUCACGAAUGACGCGGCUCAGUCAGAUGACGACGAAAAGGCUCAGGCUCCACUGGCAGACACAGAUGGUGGUAAACUAAAACAGAAAACAACACAGUUUAAGAAAUUCCUUGGCAAGUCUGUGAAGAAAGCAAAGCAUCUUGCCGAGGAAUAUGGAGAGAAGGCGGUCAACAAAGUGAAAAGUGUGCGUGAUGAAGUGUUCCAUACAGAUCAAGACGAUCCAUCAUCAAGUGACGAUGAGGGCAUGCCUUACACCAGACCUGCCAAAUUCAAGGCAGCACACAGCUUCAAGGGUCCGUUUGACUUUGAUCAGAUUAAAGUUGUGCAGGACCUGAGUGGAGAGCACAUGGGGGCCGUUUGGACGAUGAAGUUCUCUCACUGUGGGAGGCUGCUGGCAACAGCGGGCCAAGAUAAUGUGGUUCGCAUCUGGGUCCUGAAGACUGCCUUUGACUACUUUAAUAACAUGAGAUUAAAGUACAACACUGAAGGUCGAGUUUCACCUUCACCUUCUCAGGAAAGUUUAUGCUCCUCUAAAUCUGAUGAUCCCGGCGCAAGUUGUGCUCCGGAGGACCCAGACACAGAAGAUAGGAAUGCUCCUUUCCGUCAAGUCCCUUUCUGCAAGUAUAAAGGUCAUACGGCUGAUCUGCUGGACUUGUCUUGGUCAAAGAACUUCUUCCUGCUCUCCUCUUCCAUGGAUAAAACAGUCCGAUUGUGGCACAUAUCCAGGAGAGAGUGUCUCUGCUGCUUUCAGCACAUUGAUUUUGUCACAGCCAUUGCUUUCCAUCCCAGAGAUGACAGAUACUUUUUAAGCGGCUCUCUGGAUGGAAAGCUAAGACUCUGGAACAUUCCCGACAAGAAGGUGGCGCUGUGGAACGAGGUGGACGGCCAAACACGUCUCAUCACGGCAGCUAACUUUUGCCAAAAUGGAAAGUACGCCGUCAUUGGCACCUACGACGGCCGGUGCAUCUUCUAUGAUACAGAGCGUCUGAAAUAUCACACUCAAAUUCACGUGAGGUCCACCAGAGGCAGGAACAAAGUUGGACGUAAAAUCACUGGCAUUGAACCUCUACCUGGAGAGAAUAAGAUUUUGGUGACCUCAAAUGAUUCCCGCAUUCGCCUUUAUGACCUGAGGGACUUGUCUUUAUCCAUGAAAUACAAAGGUUAUGUGAACAGCAGCAGCCAGAUCAAGGCCAGCUUCAGUCACGACUACUCCUUCAUAGUCAGCGGCUCAGAGGAUAAGUAUGUGUACAUCUGGAGCACUUACCACGACCUGAGCAAAUUCACAUCUGUACGACGGGACCGCAAUGACUUCUGGGAAGGAAUUAAAGCACACAACGCAGUGGUCACCUCAGCGAUUUUUGCACCGCACCCCGGCCUUAUUGUUCCACAAGAAGCUGGCGCAGACAAACCAGAGGCAGAGUGUAAGAGCCUGGACUCCACAGACUCUGAAACGAUACCCUCAGGAGCCCUAAAGACAGAUCACACAGAGGUUCUACUCUCCGCUGACUUCACUGGAGCCAUCAAGGUUUUCAUCAACGUAAAAAAGUACUGAGCACUUCAGAGGCCCUCGGCUCCUCGAACUCAGGCCUGUCUGUCCGAGAUCAGUCCUAAAGAUGAAGGACAGCCCAUCAAGGGGCCAUCUAACAUCACCCAACUACCUAACGGUUAUUCCUCUGAGACAAAGAGCCGUCUGUAGCUUUUUCGGGAGAACAGGGACCCUACAAUGGAAGAUGAGGGAAUGGGUGGACUGUACAAUACAGACAAGAUGUGAUUCCCUGUCACAUUUCUAUUUUUUAUCUUUAAUACCAAGGAACUGUGAAUGGUUUGGCAUCAAGAAACAAAAAGAGCCAAGUGCGUGAGGUCUUUUUGGAUAGGUAUGUGCUAAUCUGCAGCUGUAAGACCUGAGUAUAGCUAGAAGGCUGUUUGUAACAGUAUGGGCACCUUACUAAUUUCUUUUGCUCCCACAUUUCAGAGGGACACUGUCCUAAUGUCAGUCACAAAUUUUAAUGUGUCUUAUGUAAAGAUCUGUAACAAUUUGUUCCGAAAGCAAGGUGGUUUGAAUUAUUUGUGCCUACGAAAUCUAGAUCGCUUUUCUAAAUUAUACUUCUCAAGCUUUCCUCUAAAAUAUAUCAGACAUUUCAGCAGAUGACAGCAAAUUUACGGUACAGGAAAUCUGUAUACGGUUACUCAUGAUUAGGGCUGGGUAUCUUAAAUUUUCCAGAGACAUUACGGGCUCUUAAGUACUUUUGAUAAAUUGUUUUGUUCGAUAAAAGCACAUUUCAUUAUAAAAUAGUACUGUAAAUUCAGUGUGUAACAUUGCAUACUUGCUGCUUUUGUAAACAGAACCAAAUGCUCUAUUAAUUUCCUCAAUAAAAGUAAACGCAAACUAGAAAAA